AUGGCAUUCAGUCUGAGCCCCAAAACGCGGCUCAUCAUCACGAUCUCCAUAUCGUUUGCCUUCUUCGUGGCUGAAAUCACAGUGGCCUUCAAGACCCGGUCACUCGCGCUUCUUGCGGAUGCAUUCCACUAUAUGAAUGACCUGAUCGGCUUCAUCGUCGCCUUGACAGCUGUCAUUAUAUCAGAGCGGGCGCGCUCACCCCGUGAGCUCUCUUUCGGUUGGCAGAGAGCUCGCCUGCUGGGCGCCUUCUUCAAUGGUGUCUUCCUCCUAGCUUUAGGAAUCAGCAUUUUCCUGCAGUCUAUCGAAAGAUUCAUCUCCAUUGAGCGCAUCGAGGAUCCGAGGCUUGUUAUGAUUAACACCAUGGCCACGAUCAUUCUCAUGGCCACGGCCACGACCACGGAGAUGCGCAUAGUCACGGUCAUGAGCAUGGGCAUGACCACGGCGAAGCAGCUGUGGUGA